AUGGCUGAAGAUAUCGAAGAGAUUCUUGCUGAAAUCGAUGGCUCCCAGAUCGAAGAAUACCAAAAGUUCUUCGACGCGUUUGAUCGCGGAAAGCAGGGCUACAUCAUGGCCACCCAAAUCGGCCAGAUCAUGCACGCGAUGGAGCAGGACUUUGACGAGAAGACGCUCCGCAAACUCAUUCGCAAAUUCGACGCUGACGGUUCGGGAAAACUCGAGUUCGACGAGUUCUGCGCACUCGUCUACACCGUUGCCAACACCGUCGACAAAGAAACGCUCGAGAAGGAGCUUCGCGAAGCGUUCCGAUUGUUCGACAAAGAGGGAAAUGGAUACAUCUCAAGACCUACGCUCAAGGCACUCCUCAAAGAGAUCGCCGAUGAUUUGACCGAUCAGCAAUUGGAGGAAGCCGUCGAUGAGAUCGACGAGGACGGUUCGGGCAAAAUCGAGUUUGAGGAAUUCUGGGAAUUGAUGGCUGGAGAGUCCGACUAA